AUGUUUGAACCGGAGCUCUCAGCAGAAGAGUUUAGGGAAAAGGCAGCUGCUCUUCUCCCUGAAACCUGCAUACAACAUUUGGAAAGCAACAAUUGGAAAGAGAGGAUUUCCAGCAUGGAUACCAUUCAGAAGACUGUCAGGGAGAUGAAAAAAAGUGAGAUACCAUGCCAAGCCCUGAUGAGACUGCUGUUACAAGGACACGAAGAAACAAAGCUCCAGGUGAUGCAGAAGAAGCUUCACACCAUCACUUUGCUAGCCCAGAAAGCGAACUUCUCUAGAACAUCUGCUCAAAUUGCCUUGGAAAGUGUGGUGGAAAUGGUGGGAGAUGUGCUAUGCAGCAGCAACGCUCAAGGAACCCUAACAGCUAUAGCAGAGGCAUGUUCAUUGCCUUGGACUGCAAAGACAGCUAUGUCAUUGGCCUUCUCACAGAAUAACUCCAGGAUCCAUUCCAAGAUCUUGGACUGGCUGUCAAAAGCAAUUCUGGAGUUUGGCUUUGAAGGGAUGCAGGCCAAGGCACUGGUUGAGACCCUGAAGAUCGCUCUUGCUGUUGUUCACUCAGGUGUGCAGAGAUCAGCCAUCACCUUGCUGGGUGUUAUUUACCUGUACAUGGGAGAGUCCUUGAGAACACUGAUUGAGAGUGAAGAGCUGCCCCUCCUUCCCCAGAUAGAUGCUGAGCUGAAGAAGCUGCAUGGACAGGUCCCACCAAUUCCCAGUCGUGCCAACCCCAAGUUAUGCCCAGAUGUCAGGGGCCAGGAGGACCCAGGGAAUCACAGAAGGACUAAAUCCAUAGACAUUAGUGACAGAAUCACACCAGAAUUGGUGUCAAAGCUGCUCAAGAAGAACUGGACCAUCCAGAGGGAGGGCCUGGAAGAGGUUGCAGGCAUCCUUCAGGAUGCCAGAUUCAUCCAGCCAAACAUAGGAGAGCUCCCAAGAGCCCUGAGGGCUUGUCUCUGCGACCCAAACCCCACCCUGGUACAGAUGACCCUAAGGGUCCUCCAGCAACUGUCCACAGCCAUGGGUUCAAAUGUCAAACAGCACAUGAAGGACUUGGGCUUUCCCCUCAUUGCUCUGUUUAGGGAAAGCAAGAGCAGCGUGAGAGCUGCCGCCCUGGCUGCUGUGAAUGCUUGGGCUGCACAGAUGAACAUCUUGGAGUGGCUUGAUGGCCAGGACAUUUCCGAAGAUCCAGGUGAAGAACUGCCUUUACAGAAGCAAGAGCUAGUGCAGUGGCUGGCUGAACAGCUGCCAAUGCUCAAGUCAGCUCCCUCGGACCUGCUUUGGUGUGUACCUCACAUCUACUCUUCCCUCCAGGACAGCAACAGGGAUGUGCAGAGAGCCUCACAGGCAGCCCUGCCGUUCUUCAUAAUGCACCUUGGCUUUAAGAAGAUGGCCGAAGCCACCAGUGGGCUGAAGGCAGCUGCAAAGGCCCAUGUCCUUGCGAUACUAGAGAAUGUCAAUGACAGUCUGUCAGCCAAGUCCACUGCUUCUGCUAAGUCACUUUCCAGACGCCCUAGAGUCACCACCACUACCACUUUCUCCUCUGUUCUAAUCACACCACCCGCAGCAACAACCUUGUCUUCACACGCAUCAGCUAAAAAUGCAGCACCCAAAACCAGCAGAGAGGAGAACCAAGGUCCCAAGGAGCUGGAGUCUGGAGAAACAGUCCUGAAAGACACAGGUUUAGCCAAGGAAAAAGCAGAAAUGAAUUCCACUAAGAAGGAUGGGGUCAGCAAACUGGCACCUAUCUUCAUCGUUGUCCCCAAGGGGAAAGAGCAGAGAAUGAGAGAUGAGAAAAACAGCAAAGUGCUGCAGUGGAACUUCACAGCUCCCAGCAACAGAUAUGUUAAGCAGCUGAAAGCUCAGAUGAGCGGCUGUGUGUCCAGCAGCUUCCAGGUGGAAUUGUUCCACUCUAGCUUCCCUCACCACAUCAAAGCCUUGGCCAUCAUGACCAGGCAUUUAGAGAUAGAGAAGGAAGGAGUUAUCAGCUGUCUGGAUCUGAUCUUGAAAUGGCUCACCCUGCGUUUCUUUGACACCAACACAUGGGUCCUUAUCAAGAGUCUAGAUUACCUCAAUCUGCUGCUAACCUUGCUGAUCCAAGAAAAGUACCAGCUGAUGAACAAUGAGGCCAUUUCCUUUCUGCCGUACCUGAUCCUGAAGAUGGGAGAGCCAAGGCAAACUGUUCUCAGAUUGGUGCAUGCCAUCCUGAAGAGAAUGUGCCUGAUAUAUCCACCUAAGAAGGUGUUUGGCUUCCUUGUGGAAGGCAUCAAAUCCAGUAACACUAAGCAACAGGAAGGCUGCCUGGUGGAGAUGGGCUAUCUCCUUGAAACCUAUGGCUUGGAUGUGUGUGAGCCAAGUCCUAGCAAAGCCUUGAAGAGAAUAGCUGCUUUCCUUGGAGACCAGCACAGUGCUGUUCAUAGAGCUGCUCUAAACAUUAUGGUUACAGCUUGCAGAACUCAUGGGGAAGCCCUGUUCAAAAUGAUUGGGGAUCUUCCUGAAGAACAAAUGAGGAUGCUGGGACAGACUGCAAAACAGGAACCCUACAGGUCAAGAGUUUCCUCAGCAAAGCAUUUCAACACUGAUGACACAUGUCAUAACAUCACCUCCACCAUUAAUUCCCUUAUUUGUCGCAUUAGCAGUGAUGACACUGACACCAGCAUCCAGGCCUGUACCUGUGUCUUCCGAGAGAAUAAGCUGGCUCAGGAGGCCUCAGUGGAAGUGCUUAAGGAUGUAAUAAGCAGUCUCUCUACCUUAAUGGUAGAUUUUCUGGAUGGACAUCCAGAGAAAGAUCAGAAGCUCAUACAGUCUAUUAAUGUCCUCAUGAAAAGGGUACUGGAAAAAUCUGACCAGACGAGAAUUAUCUGUGCCUUGUUGAAGCUGCUUCAAGACAGCCUGACCGCUGAGGGCACCCCAGGUGAGUUUUCUGACCUGCUGGCCAAGUGCCUGUUGAAGACCACGCAGCUUCUCCCAGCCACCAUCAACACCAUCAAUCUGGAUGAAAUCCUGCUGGAUGCCGACAUGCUGAUGAAGGCGCUCCCAAAUGAAACACUAAGGCAGCACACAAACAAACUCCCGCUGUGGGCCCUGAAAACUCUGCUGCACCACUUGUGCAAGCUGAAAGGAGUGAAGAUCCUGGACCACCUCACCCUGAUUGGCGAUUCAGCUGGUUCAGAGGUGGAAGCUUACCUCCAAAAGACAAGCUAUGUGAAGCAAGGCCUGGCCAACAUCCAGACAGAAUAA